AUGUCUAUCCUCAAGAAAGAUAUAAAAUCUAUGCUCCCUUUUAAUAAGCCAUUGUUCCAGCAAGUAUAUGAUGAAAACAUGAUUGAAUACUCAGAGGAGAAUGCAGAGAAUUUUGUAUCAGAGACUGUUGUUCCUGAACUCUUUGUAAAUGAUGACUCUGAGACCUCUCCCCAGACAUCAGACUCUGAGAAUGAGGUGGAAAUGACAAGUAAUGCUACAAGCAAAUUGGCUUCUCAUCCUAUUAAGCAUGAGGAAAAUAAUGAGCAGGAUGGAAAUAUUGACAUUAAUAAUAUCAGCAUCUUGAGAUCUGUGGAGGAACCUUCAUUGACAAAAUAUUGGAACAAAAAAUAUGUAAAAUCACUUUUGGCACUUGGUGGUAGUCUACUAUUGUUAUCAUUUAUUACUGUUAUUAUAUUUGUUGUAUUAAUAACUUGAACUUGGUUGAAAUGUUCAGUGCAGAUAUUAUUUUAUUUUUAAAUUUUAUUUUAUUUAUGUCUAUUAACUUGUAAGAUAUUGUUGAGACUAAUGAAAAUUUUACACCAACAUCGUUUUAUUAAAUACAUUCUUCUUAACAUUUUUACAACUAAUAUCACACAAUGUUUUGAAACAUCAUAUGUACUAGAUUAACUGUAAAAUCUAGGAAGAAUAUGCAUACAGAAGUCAUAUGACUGUCCAGGGCUUGAAAGUAUUUAAAUACUUGAAAGUGAAAUGCAUACAUUUUUAACAUAUUUUUUUAUUUCAAAAUUUUUGUUUCUGAGGUUUUUGGACUUGUAUUUUGGAGGUAUAUUUUAAUACGUAAAAUAUGAGUAUACAAAAAAGAAAUACUUCAAUAAAAAUAAAUUCCAUGGCUCUUAUUUUGCCUCGAUUCCAAAGUUAAUGGAAUAAAUAACCUGAGAUGUGUCUGAAAUGUUUUGUUUACUAUUGUUGAUUUUUUUACUUUAAAAAUACUUAAAAAUUAUAGUUAUUGUUCAGAAAUUUGUAGGACUGUCAAUUAUUAAUUUAUUGUAAUUGACAGUUACAAUAUAUUAUUGUAAUAAAAAAGAUAAAACAAUUGUAUUUUGUGUAUUUCAUAUACUGUAAAAA